AUGGCCACCAACCAAGCCAUCGAGCACACGCUGCGCACCAUCUUCCGUCGCUGCGUCCAAUGUCCCGAUGAGACGCCGUCGUGUCCCACGUGCAAUGACGGCGAAUACUGCUCGCAGCUCCUGUCGUCAUGCACCCAGUGCGCCUCGGCAGUGUGCGUCAAGAUGGACGGCUCACCAGGCACCGAGAAGAAGUCGGGCGGCACCAAUGUUGGCGCCAUCGCUGGAGGUGUCGUCGGCGGCGUUGCCGUGCUCCUCAUCAUCACCUUCUUGGUCUGGAAGUUCUACUACAAGGGCAAGAGAAGGCAAUACGACGAGUCCGAUCACUGGUCCCACAUGGACGUCGAGCAGGAGAAGGGCCAGAAUGACUUCACUAUGAGACGAGACGCACGGGCAUCCACGCACACCGUCGCUUCCAUGGCCUCCACCGUCCUGACCCGAGCGUCGAACAUCAUUCAAAUCGCCUACAUUCCAGGUGUCACGAACCGCUCUGGUGCUCCGUCCCCAGGCACUCUUGUUCCCCCGGUGCCUCCGAUUCCAAGCGCCCACUCUGGUGCCACGAGCCCUUACUCGGAGCAGCACUUCUUUGUCCCCGGUGAUCUGCGCGACUCGACCUACUCUGGAUUGUCCGCCGGCCGUUCAAGCAUCUCGCCCAGUUUGGCCCGCAGCAGUGUCGCCACCACCAUCUACCGCAACAACGCCAUCGUCUCGCCUCUUCCCGCGCAAACCAUCGUUCGUGGUAAGGCCGCCGUCGUCAGCGUCAAGUCAAACAGCUCCGGCACCCCGUCUGAAACCCCGGGAUCUGAGACGCCCCCUGUUCCCUCAAUCAAUUAUGAGCAAGCCGAGGGCAGAAGUCCGAAGGGUGGAUUCAAGAUUCAGAUGCCUCACUCGUCGGACAAGGCCGGUCCCAGCCCGCAAGGUUCAGUAAAGAGCGUCCAGAUUGGCAAGCCGAAGGCCCUCACCAUCACCAAGGGAAAGAAGUCAAAGACAUCAUUGGCAAACGAGGUUAGCCUGGCCGCCGCGAGUGGAUCUUCGUCGGAAGAAUCGUCAACGAGAGAGAAAUCCCCGACGCCCGACAGGAUACCGAUCAAGAUGCGGCCAUUGACGGAGGUUUCGAUCACGGACUCAGCAGCGUCAGGACCCGAGUUCAAGAGCCACAUGGAUGACGAUUCGUCAGACGACGAGGACGACAGCAGGAGCAGGGCUGGGGCCCGCGAUAGCAAUGUCACAGACAUCCAGGACACGCCCGGGGUGACGCAAAGCCCAUUUUCGGACAGCAACAGGACAGACAACCUGGAGACGGUCAUCGAAGAAGCGACCAAGCGGGCAAGCAAGGACGUGACGGGCGGUCUUGGAAACGCGCGAGCACGGAGCCCGUUCGGGGAUGAAAACGCAGUGAAAGAAUGA